UGGCGGAGAAUCCUGUCAGCGAGUGAAGCGCUCGCUCUCCUGCCGACUCUCUCUGUCUCUGUAGCUGAUAACUGAGGCUUGUAAAGCCGCCCGCCUCCUGCCCUCUCCCCCCUCAGCCCCUUAAACAGCCACCUUCACCAUGGGGAACGAGGCCAGCCUGGAGGCGGGGGAGGGAGGAGUGGGAGCCGGUAUGCAGCCGCCUGCUAGUCCCGGGCCCGGGGGUUCAGCACCAAGCCGCGGACAGCUCCCCGGGCCCAGCAGCGCUGGAGCAUCGCCCGCAGCCGGGGGAAGGCAUGUCGGCGCCAGUGCCCCUGGACGACUGGAGAAUUCUGGACGUUUGGCUGGACAAAGUUCAGCACCGCAGUCUUUUAGACAGACUGCCUCAAGCACUGAAAGCACAAAAGAAACGAAAAGCCAUGCCCCAUCUUCCCUCCAACAAUCAGAAGGACCAAGGAGAACACUACAGGUGGAAAGCAGAAGUCAAAGAACUGGAAGAACUCCUUCAGCAUCUCCGGACAGAGGCACCACUCCAACAUCACCAUAUUCAGUCCCACAAAUAGCUCCUCUACCCAGCAGUACAGCUUGCCCUAUAUGCAACACGACAGACCUUACCUCUUCUCCUAACCAGCCAAACUUUAACACCUGCACACAGUGUCGCAAUGAAGUGUGCAACCAGUGUGGAUUCAACCCUAACCCUCAUCUGACAGAGGUGAAAGAAUGGCUUUGUCUGAAUUGCCAGAUGCAGAGAGCAUUAGGAAUGGACAUGACUACAGCCCCUCGAUCAAAAAGCCAGCAGCAACUGCACUCCCCUUCUCUUUCUCCAUCACAUUCCCCAGCCAAACAAACAAAAUCUCAAGGUUCUGCUCAGUCAUUGCCUCCGCACUCACAAUCUCAUCCCCAUCUUUCACAGUACCAAGCUCAGCCCAAACCACUGGAGCAUGCUCAGCCCCAACUGCAGCAACAAACCCAGCUGAAGCCACAGCAGCAAUCUCAGAUACAGCCACAGCAGCACGUUCAGCCACCACUUCAAAAGCAUCCACAGCAACAGUCGCAGCAGCAUCAGAAAUCACAGGUCCAACCACAAACACAGCAACAGUCGCAGCAGCAUCAGAAAUCACAGGUCCAACCACAAACCCAGCAACAUCCACAAAUGCAACCACAUCAGAAUCAGCAUUCCCAGCCGCCAACUCAGCACCAACAGAAGACUCAACACCAACCCCAAGCUCAGCAUAAAUCACUAACUCAAAGUAAGCCACAAACCCAAAAUCAAGGUCAAACUCACCAUAAGCCUCACACGCAACAUCAUCCACAAACGCAUGCAAAAACCGGUAUGGAGACAUCAUUUGGACCAACGCAAGUGGAAAAUGGUCAUGGUUCAACUGCUAUACCUCCCCAACAUGGAAAAACUGUCCAGCAAAAAGAACAGAUAAGCCAAGGACAUACAAAGCCCACUGCCCCUCAGGACAUAUUGCGGUCUUCCCCCCAACAUUCACAAGCUAAACCUUCACCAGGUGAACAAAGAAAGGCAUUAGGGAGCUCUCCAGCAAAAACUCCAGCAGCUGCUGCUCAUGGAAACCAUGACCAAGCCCAGGAGGGUCUUACUGGAAAAUUAUUUGGUUUUGGGGCUUCUCUUUUGAACCAAGCGAGCACACUUAUUUCAGUUCCAGCAGAGACAACCCCACAAAGUCAGGCAUCACCUGGCAAAGUGUCUCCAAAAAUAGUCUUUAGUGAUGCAAGUAAAGACAUUGGAACAAAACCCCAAGGAGCUGCUUCUACUGUGCCGAGCAAAAUUGAGAGUUCUUCAGUUCACAAACAAGGGAAGAUUGAACAUAAGCCAAAGGAAGUGCCGAAAGUCUUGUGCCCAUUGUGCAAAACUGAACUUAAAGUAGACUCCAGUGAUCCUCCUAAUUAUAACACAUGCACAUCAUGUAAAAAACAAGUGUGUAACAUGUGUGGAUUCAACCCAACCCCUCACCUGGUGGAGAAAAAUGAAUGGCUGUGUUUGAACUGCCAAACUCAGAGGCUUUUAGAAGGAAGUCUUGGUGAUGCUGUACCUUCUCCCAUAUCACAAUCAAAGCAACAACUUCCAGGUUCCCCUCGCCAUCCACCAGGAAUCACACCGUCAGGCUCUCCCAAGCAUCUUUCAGGAGCGCCAUCUGCAGGAUCUCCACGGCACCAGCCAGCUCCUAGUCAGACAUCCUCACCCCAUCAUCAGAAACAGGGACCUAUAUCUACAUCAUCCCCACAACAUCAAGCAGGAACGGUAAUUCAACAGCAGAGAACAAUCUCACAGUCAACUACAGGUCAUCAGCUGGAGACAACACAGGACAAGCGAAUUUCCCAGUCAAACAAUCUCAGGAGUUCCGAACAGGGGAAAUCUCAAAUUUAUAUCGAAGACAAAAAAAAUGCAGAGGAAAUAACUCAGUCUAAAACUUCUGUAGAUUCUCAAAAGGUGUCAAAGCAGUUGGUGCCAAAACAAAAGAGUUUGAGUAGCAAAAAGGAAGCAGUGACAAGAAAUGGAAGAACAUCGGAGAUUCAAAAAGCAAAGGAUCAGGAAGACUUAAGCAAGCCUUACUCCCAUGACAUGUCCCGCAGCCCUCAAAGCCUAAGUGAUACAGGUUAUUCUUCAGAUGGAAUUUCUAGCUCACAAAGUGAAAUUGCUGGACUGGUACAACAAGAGGAGGAGAAGUUAAAUGGAACAGGUAUAUCUCAACGUAGCCCACCCAGCCCAUCUGAGCUUACUAAACUAGAAAGCUCUGUGAGGCCACUCUUGGAAUCUAAAGGCAGUACCCAGAGUGACAAUGGGAAAAUGUUCCAUGGCUUACGAGAAGAUCAAAAACAAAAGCAGAGGCCAAGAUCACUAUCUAUCACUCCUGAAGCUUUUGAUUCAGAUGAAGAAUUGGAGGAUAUCCUUGAAGAAGAUGAAGACUCUCUGGAGUGGGAAAACCAAAGAGACCAAAGAGAGAUUGUUGAGUCAUCAGAUGAUUUUGGUAGCAAGUUGCGCCAUGAUUAUGUGGAGGACAGUAGUGAAGGAUUUUCACCAUUGCCAACUAGACAGGUGAAGGGUGGAUUUUCAGAUGAAGAGUUUAUGAGAAGACAAAUUCUAGAAAUGAGCGCAGAAGAAGACAAUCUGGAAGAUGAUGAAGAGGAGUAUAGUCAUGUAAAGUAUAGCAGUGGCAAAAAUGGGCAGAAGACAGACUCCGAAAAACUAAAAAGCAGUUCAGCAAAAAGACGACUUGCUUAUAACUCAAGUAACAUUUAUGAUGAAAACAGAAAAGAUAUUGAAGCAGAUGAAGAAGAAGAUCUUUCAGCAUCACAGGGGGGAUUGCGUCGUUUUAAAACCAUUGAACUAAAUAGCACAAAUAGUUACAGUAGAGAUAUGGAACUUGACCAUGAGACAGACAUAAGUCUAGAUAGAGAGCCAGAAUUAGAGAUGGAAAGUUUAACUGGGUCACCUGAGGAAAGGUCUAGAGGGGAAUACUCUUCAACAUUACCUGCAACAACGCCCAGUUACACUUCUGGAACUUCUCCUACAUCUCUGUCAUCUCUAGAAGAAGACAGUGACAGUAGCCCAAGUCGAAGACAGAGACUGGAGGAGGUAAAGCAACAGAGAAAGGCACGACAUCGCUCUCAUGGCCCUUUACUACCAACAAUUGAAGACUCAUCAGAGGAGGAAGAACUGCGUGAGGAGGAAGAACUUUUAAGAGAGCAGGAAAAAAUGAGAGAAGUAGAACAACAGCGAAUUAGAAGUACUGCACGUAAAACUAAAAGGGAUAAGGAGGAACUGAGGGCACAAAGAAGAAGAGAAAGAUCAAAAACUCCCCCCAGUAAUCUAUCCCCUAUUGAAGAUGCAUCACCCACAGAAGAACUGAGGCAAGCUGCUGAAAUGGAAGAGUUACAUAGGUCGUCUUGUUCUGAAUACUCACCCUCAAUAGAUUCUGAAGCAGAAGGAUUUGAAAUGAUUGGUUCGAAAUUAUACAAGUCUGGAAGUGAAUAUAACUUACCAACAUUUAUGUCUUUGUAUUCUCCAACUGAAAAAAAUGCUAGUAAUUCAAGCAACAAACCUUUAAAGAGUGCAGAAGAGGUGUAUGAAGAAUUAAUGAGAAAAGCAGAAAUGUUUCAAAAACAACAAGUACAACAAUCACAGCAAAGCAUGACAUAUGGUAAUAGUUAUCAACAAGUCGGCUACAUAGGUACAGAAAGCCAAAAUAAUUUUGAAUACCAGUACAUAGAUGAUUAUAACUAUGACAGUGGUAGAAUUGGCUCAGUGCAAAAUGACUACCAAAUGGAAUUAUCAAAACCUGGCACAGUUUAUGAUGAAAUCUUGUUGACAUCACAGAAUAUUACCCGGAUGCACCAAUCAUCAUCACUUGAUUUAUCUGUACAGCAAGAAAAAAAAUCAGAUACAUACACUGAGAAACAGUUUCUAAAUGCAGAAAAUGCAUAUAAUGAAAUGAUGAAGCAAACUAGUGGACCACUUACUCCUGGGACAAGCCCUACCCAACUGUCAGCUCCAGUGUCAUUUGCUUCUUCAGAAAGUAAUGCAGGAAGAGUUAUACCAGAUGUGCGUGUUACACAACACUUUUGUAAAGAUGGAAAGGAUCAGGCAAAACUCCACAGUUCGUCCACUGUACCCAGUUCAAAAAUAUCUGCUUAUCAAUAUGGCAAAGGAUCAACCGCUAUUACAUCUUCAACAUCCAGUACAAGUGCAGCACCUUUGCAUAAAGAUGCAUCAUCUUCAACUCCCACUCACAGAAGCUAUGGGCAAUCUAAAGAGACUCCUGAUUAUAAUACAAAUGAAGAACAAUAUAGAAAUAGAAGUACUGGUGAUGGCAGCACUGCUUCACAAGACAAAAUGCAAGGCAUGGGAGAUAUGAGAUCAAAUAUAUCCUUGACAUCUAAAGUUAUUUCUUUUUUUAAGAGCUCAAGCCCUCCCCUUUCUCCUUCUUCUCCAACACAAAGCCCCACUCACACUUCUCCAAGACAAAGCAUGUCACCUGCAGAAUUUUUAUCUCAAACCCAGAGUGCUCAUCGAUCAUCCGAUGCAUCUGCAACCUCUUCAGCUUUCUCUUCCUCCCCUAUGGUUGCUCAAGGCACACAAACACCUGAGCGCACCAGAUCACCUCGACUCUCUAGACAACAGUCUUCUCAAGAAUCUCCUUUUAUGGUUAUCACUUUAGCAUCUGAUUCAUCUAGUCAAACUAAGCCUAAAAGUGUCAGUUCCUCUACCUCUCCAGUCACCUCUCCAACUAGAUUAAACCGUCAGGAAACACUUCACAGUUAUAGCCAGACAUCAGUUAGUUCCCAAACUCACCAGGAACAUGUACAGCCCACUUAUACUAAAGCUCAUACAGUUAUAGAAAGAUCUCCUUCAGGUUUGCAAAUGAUUUCACCCAAAGGACAAUCUACCUCUGUUGUAGAUGCCUCCUGCGGUACUUAUAAUUGGGGCUCUUUGCCACCUGAGAACAUAUCACUAUGUAGAAUAUCAUCUGUUCCUGGAACUUCCAGGGUUGAGCCGGGUCCAAAACCUAGCAGCAGUGCUGUUGACUUACGAACUGCAAUUAAGGCAGCUCCUGUCAUUAUGACUGACCAAGGUAUGGACCUUACUUCACUAGCUACCGAAACUAGGCGGUAUUCACUCACAAUGGAUCAAACUGCAACUAGACAUUCAACGGCUGUUCAGCCUCUGAUUGUAAACCUAAAUGCCCAAGAACAACCCCAUGCCAUUGUUGGCACAGCUACAACAGUUAGUAUAACUGUGGCAUCUUCCAUGAUUGUGACACAGCCUAAGCAACCAGUAGUCUAUGGUGAUCCAUUUCAAAACAGGGUAGAUUUUGGCCAAGGCACAGGAAGUGCUGUCUGCCUGACACAAGUCAGACAUGUGGAACAAAUAGCUCAGCCUGGCAUGGUGAGGGGAAGUGUAGGCAGUGGUGGUGUAUGUCCUUCUGUUUCUAAAGCAGAAGAAGUAUGCGGUAUGCAAAAAGACAUAUUUGCACGCUACAACCUUCCCAGUCAGGUAACAUCUAUGGUUAAAAGAGAUGUGGUUUCCCAGCCCACUAAUAUUAGUGCCACACAAAGGCAACUUCAGCAACAGCAACCCAUGGGUUCUACAGAAUCAUAUCGAGGAGUUCCUGUCCCUAAAAAUCAACCGCCCCCAGUUAAUGUUCCUGGAAACCAGGCUCACACUAUGAUGGUACAGAUGGAUGAGAUGACACCUGGCACAGUUACAAAAUUAAUAAAUGAAGAACAAGCGUCAAAUGCUUUGGACCUCACAGGACUAAAAUCUGAAAGUCAGGCAGUAUGCUGCGAUGUGGUCUACAAGUUUCCCUUUGGCAGUAGUUGUGCAGGCACUUACAAUUCUUCUAAAAUACCUGAACAACCUGCAGCAGAAGCUCUUCAGCCUAUGAGGCCUGGUGUUCAGUACUAUGGCCAAAGAGAUCAAGAACAAUCAGAGAAUUAUCCUUAUAGAGAACAAAAACCAGUGCCACAGCCUGCUGUCCCUUCUCAGAAUGUAUAUGAGGAACAAAAAUUCUAUCCUUAUGGAGCCACAGGAAGGCUGUAUUCAUCUAUGUCAGAAACCAAUUUGUCUGAUAUUGGUUUGUAUCAACCCUAUCAUGCCCCUGGAGGAGAAGGUGCAAUGGACCUGACUACAAUAAAAAACUCAUACGGCAUGAACUUCACAGAUGGUAGUUACAUAGGUCAGGGAUUGCAGUAUAGUUCAUUCACUGACUUACGACAACCUGCAGACAUAUUCAAUAAUUCAUUACCAAUGAGAAGGUACAAUUCAAUGUCAAAUAUAUACUCUGAUUAUAGAUAUUCUUCUAGAGACCUGUCUAACUUUCAAGAAUCUAAUCUUGCUCAAUACAGUGCAACAACAGCUCGGGAAAUUAGCAGAAUGUGUGCUGCCUUGAAUUCUAUGGACCAGUACGGGGGCCGACAUACAAACAGUCAAGAUUUAUUGCAGUAUGGUCCUAGCACUUUGGGCACAGGGUCUGCAACAAAUAAUAUGAUGUCUAAUCAGCAAGGACUAACAUCUUUGAGGCAAAAUAUUAUGUAUGGCUCUAAUUUUUCAGACCCAAGACAAGGCUUUGGAAGCUUGGCACAGUAUAACAUGUCUGGUCCACGUUCUGCAGCUAUUAGACAGAUGUACCCUUCUGCUGCUACUGUAAGAGCUGCUGAUGGUAUGAUUUACUCCACCAUCAAUACUCCCAUAGCAUCUACACUUCCAAUUACUACACAACCAGCAUCUGUAUUAAGGCCGAUGAUUAGAGGUUUGUAUAGGCCCUAUGGCACAGGAAGUGUCACUGCUGUACCACUAGCAAGUCUAACCAGGGUGCCCCUUGUUGCACCAAGGAUGCCACUGGGACAGCAAUCAGGAUACCGUUAUCCUGGAGUAAGCAGGUUUCCAGCUUCUUCUACAGCAUCAGUAAUGGAAACCCCAGUUUAUUUAGGAAAGCCUGCUAGCACUCAAGGUGCUUCUACCACAACUACAUUAAGUACUAGUACAGCACAGGUUGCUCCUGUAUCAACAGCAUUAUCUGUUGCAACCCCAAAUGUGCAAUCAGAAUCAUCCAUUAUGGGGCCUCAUGCCGAUCUCCCAUUGACAUCUACUGGGAUUUCAAGUUCCUCUUCUAGGGACCCUAUUCAGCCUCAACCACCACAGCAGCAUCAUCUUCAUCAACAACAACAACAACAACAACAGCAGCAGCAACAACUACAACAGCAGCAGCAGCAACAACAACCACCUACUCAAAAAUCUGUGCCUGAAGUUCAGCCUUCUGUAGUAACUCAUAAGGCUGGAGCAGAAGAAAGGGAAAAAGAGGAGGAGAGACAAAGAAAACAAGAGCAUUUAAUACAAAUGGAACGGGAAAGAGUAGAGUUAGAAACCUUAAGGCAGAUGCGAUUACACGAGGAGUUAGAGAGAGAGAGAUUAGAACUACAAAGGCACAGAGAAAAGGAGCAAAUGUUAGUUCAGAGAGAACUACAGGAGUUGCAGUCAAUCAAGCAUCAAGUACUGCAACAACAACAGGAAGAACGCCAAGCACAGUUUGCAUUACAACGAGAACAGUUAGCUCAACAACGCUUACAAUUGGAACAGAUACAGCAGCUACAGCAACAGCUUCAACAACAGCUUGAGGAACAAAAACGACAAAAAAAUGUUUUGCCUCCUACAGGAGAACAGCCUGUCAGAGUUCCACCUCACACAGCAUCAGAAAUAGCUAUCGAAAUGCAGAGGAACCUUGCACAAAGUGGGCAGUAUUGGCCACCAAUUAACCAACCAUUUAUUGCUGUUGCACCUGUUGUGCAAGAUGCUCAAGGGCAGCCUCGCUACCCUCCACCACAAAGGCCACUUACUAAUUCUGCCUCGGAAAUGUCCCUUCAGACUGAUGAACAAUGGGAAGUGAACAGAACCAUUAAAAAGAGAAACUCUAUGCCACGUCUCAGGGAUGCAUAUAACACCGAUGAUAACCAUGAACCCUUUCUUGUCAAAAAGAUAACUGAUAGCAGUGUGCAGACUGAUGAUGAGGAUGGAGAAGAAAGAUUUUAUAUGUCAAGACGCCGCAGAACAAAAAGGAGCACUGACUGCAGUGUCCAGACAGAUGAUGAAGAUAAUGCAGAAUGGGAGCAACCAGUAAGGAGGCGUCGAUCUAGAUAUUCCCGUCAUUCUGAUUCCAGCUCAGAAAGCAAGCAUGAUUCAAAAGGGACAUCAAGCAUAGCUAUCCAGACCAUUAGUGAUUGCUCUGUUCAGACAGAACCAGACCAAUUCCCAAGAGUUUCACCAUCUAUUCACAUUACAACCCCAGAUCCCAAAGUAGAAAUUGUAAAGUACAUAUCCGCUCCUGAAAAGACACAACGUGGUGAAAGCCUUGCUUGUCAGACUGAACCAGAAACUCAGUCCCAAGGAAUAGUAGUUCCUCAGAUCAAUGUCCCUACUACUGUAACACCUUAUUCAUCUAACAUACAGAUUGUAACAUCUGGGCCUCUCGAUGGUAACAACGCAAGACAACAAGGAACAACUAAGUUUGAGAAAAAGAAGCCUGAUCCCCUUGAAAUUGGAUAUCAGUCCCACCUGCCUACAGAUACCCUAUCACAGCUUGUUUCUCGGCAAACUCCAAGGUCUCCCCAAGUUCUUUACUCUCCUGUGUCCCCACUUUCACCUCACAGGUUGUUGGAAUCCACCUUUGCUUCUAGUGAAAGACUCAACAAGGCACAUGUGACCCCUCAAAAGCAUUUCACAGCUGAAAGUACUCAACGGCAGCAGAACAUACCUCGUCCAAUCAAAACCAUGCAGAGAUCUUUGUCAGACCCUAAACCCAUCAGUCCUACCUCUGAGGAUUCUUCAAAGGAUAGGUUUUCUUUGUAUCAGCAUCAGUUACUACAAGGUAGCCAGAUUUCAGCCUUCCAGUCAAAUACUUUGACACGCAAAGUGAAGCGAACUCUGCCCAUUCCUCCUCCUGAUGAAGCACAUCUUCCCCUUACAACCAGUCAGGCUCAUUCUCAAAUGUAUAUGCCCAAUCUCAAUCAGAAGAUAAUGGGAGGUCAAACCAUGCAACUGCCAAAAGUUGGUUUUAUUAAAACCAUUGAUCAUGACCUGAAGAUUGUUGAGCAGGAGUCAACAAAACUUCGUAAACAGCAAGCUGAGUUAGAAGAGGAGGAAAAGGAAAUAGAUGCCAAGCUGAAAUAUUUAGAACUUGGGAUCACUCAAAGGAAGGAAUCUCUGGUACAAGACAGAGGGGGCAGAAGAGAUUUCCCAUACCUCAGAAGCUUGGGGGAGAACAGGGACUAUAUGUCAGAUAGUGAGCUCAACAACAUGCGGAUUUCAGGCUUUGACAGUAAUAGUCUUUUAAACAGAACAAGCACCAACCCUCAGUAUUCUGAGUUUCAGACCAUGCAGCAAUUUCAAACUUCUACUUCCUCAUACUCACCUAGUACUUAUCAGUAUACUACAGGCCAAACAAUAACUUCAGUAACUACUCCUCUCCAGCAGACAAGAUUCCAACAACCUCAAUAUUCGGUAUCUAGCAAUGGUCCCUCACAAAAUAAUUUUCAGGCACAGCUAUCUGGUUACACUGCACAGGGUUCGUAUCAGACUCACACAGCUACACAAAAUGCAAGUUACCAGUCCGAUUUAGGAACUCAAAAUCAUGCUGGUUUCAGACCUCCAAACCCUUACCAGACUCAAACCACCCAUGCAAAUCAGGGGCCCUUGCAAACAACUGUGAAUGCAGGCUUUCAACCACCACCAGUUGGCACUCACCAGAAACCAAGGCAAACCACUCUGGCUGACUUAGAGCACAAAGUUACUACAAAUUAUGAAGUGAUUGGAAAUCCCACUGUAGUAAUAUCAUCAGCUACACCAGAUACUGCCUUCAGUAGCACUACAGUGGCCAGUGGUUUUGAUCAAUAUAAGACUUCAGAUGUAAGACAAGCAGAAAGGGGCAGCGGAGCAGAAAGUCCUUCCAACAGUUAUUCAACAGAUUCUCUUUAUACAAAUCUCGAACAAAACAUUCCCCGUAAUUAUGUAAUGAUCGAAGAUAUUAGCGAAUUGACCAAAGAAAAUCCAGCAUCCACAGAAAAUCAAAAAGUAGAACCUAUGACACAGUCUCAACAGCCGACUAGUAACGGGCGCCAUAUAAAAGACAAAAAUGGUCAUAAUGAAGCAGACAGUGUAAAUAAACCAUGUUGCUAUUCAAGGGCUGAGGAGGAAUCUGAAGAGGAUGUGUAUGAUCAUCAUAGUGCUGACUACAGAGGGAAGAACAGCUAUCACAGGAGCACUGACAGCAAUGGUCGUGACUCUAGCAGUGGUAGCUAUUAUUAUGGAGAUAAUGAUUCCAGACAUUCCACUCGUUUAGAUAAACAUGGAUCUACUCCUGGCAUUCAGAAACAUUCCUCAAAAAAUCUGGCACCAGCUGUGGUGUCUUCCAAACGCAGCAAGCACCGUAAACAGGGAAUAGAGCAAAAAAUAUCAAAGUUUUCACCAAUAGAAGAAGCAAAAGAUGUAGAAUCCGACUUAGCUGCUUCUUACACUGUGACCUCAUCAAUGAGUAGCAGCAGUACUGUUUCAUCAAGAGCCAAAAAACUUCAGGAUGAAAUUACAUAUGGCUUAAAGAAAAAUGUUUAUGAACAGCAAAAAUACUAUGGUGGUUCUAAUAGAGAUAUGGUUGAGGAAGACGAUAGGGUAUAUGGUAGUGGAAACCGCUCAAGAUCAGCUUCUAGUUAUGGAUUGGAAAAAUCAGGUCGUGACUCUGGCAGUAGCAGGAGUAAAUCAUACGAACGAGACAGUGCAGAUAGGUAUCAUAAAUCAAGCUCAAAACGUUCCUCAGUUACUAUGAGUCAAAGCAGGGGAAGGGCUCCUAUGCGAACACAGGCUUCAGAGGAGGAAAGUCCAGUAAGUCCUCUUGGAAAAUCUGUAGGUGUAUCCCGAUCAUCAGGUGGACCAAUGUCUCAACCCACUGGGGAUAGCUGUUCUCAAUUCUGUUCCAGCCAUUCACUGCCUGAUGUGCAGGAACAUGUCAAGGAAGUGCCAAGAAACCACAUUUACAAGCAAGAAGAAAGUUAUAUGAUGGAUGACUCACACUGUGUUGUAUCAGACAGUGAAGCCUAUCAUUUGGGUCAGGAGGAAACCGAUUGGUUUGAUAAACCAAGAGAAGCUCGUUCUGAUCGAUCAAGGUACUACAGCAGUCACUCAUCACAGAAAAAAAUGCCUGUUAAACAUACAUAUCAUGAUUAUGAUGAACCUCCAGAUGAGGACAUGUGGCAACAUGAUGAUUAUUCUCAGCCUCGUCAUUCAUCUUCAAAAGAACAAAGGCAUCAUGGAGAAACUGGUAGACAUUCCUCCUCUCGUCAUCUAGAAGAACAGUCUAGACGGACAUCUAAACAGCACCCAAGAGAACAAGGAAGACAUGAAUCACAUCAAUAUUCACAGCCAUCAUCCACUUUAAAGAAGUCUCAGCAGUCAGAUUCAAGAUCACAGACUGGAUAUCCUUCAAGUUCCUCGGACUAUAGUCAGCAGCAAAGGCAAUCAUCAGGUUAUCACCAUACAUCUGAACCACCGAAGUCACAAAGACCAUCACAAUCAUCUCAGCAACAGAAAAUUGAAUCUCAGGCCCACCAUCAAGGGUCCCAACAGAUGAGACAGCAGCAUUCAGGGCAGCAGCAGUCAAGGCAACAGCAGCCUCAACAACAAAGCUCUAGGCAACAGCAACAAUCUAUUGGACCUGCACAGCAGGCUUCUCACCAGCCAUCUCAUCAGCCUUCUCAUCAAACAACCCAACAAACAGCUCAUCAGACUCCUCAUCAACAAACCCAACAGCAACAAAGUUCUCAUCAGCCAGCUCGGACACAUACACAGCAGCAGGCGCAACAGCCGCAACAGCCGCAACAGCCGCAACAGCCGCAACAGCCGCAACAGCCGCAGCAACAACUUCAGCAACAACAGCAGCAAAUUGGAACACAAGGUCAGCCACCUUUACGGUCACAGCAACAACAGCAGCAGCAGCAACAGCAGCAACAGCAGAACCAACAACCACAGCAAAUUGUGAAACCACAACAGACUCCACAAUCAACUGCUCAGCCGCCAGCACUACCAAAAGCAGAACCAGUUGACAGCUCAAAGACUACCACCAAACCUAUGCCACAACCGGGGAGAGGGCCACAAGCACAGAUGCAAGGAGCACCAGCAGCAGGUAUAAAAGUGGCUCCAAAAGCGACAGCAACACCUGCAGGAGCAGCUGGUACAGCAUCAGGACAGCCAAGCAGCGAGGGAGAGAGCAUGUUUUCCAAGAUUCUACCAGGAGGUGCUGCUGAACAAGCCGGCAAACUUACUGACGCUGUCUCUGCAUUUGGCAAGAAAUUCUCCUCAUUUUGGUGAGAUAGCUCUGGAAGAGAGUGGAGAUAACAUCAUGGAAAAAGACUAUGAAGAAACCUUCAAUAAUUACAUUGCAGCAUGGAACUCUGGGUAUAAAAUCCAAAAGGAAUAUCGAAGAUUUCAUGGUUAAUGACAAGAUGAUCUUUCAAAGAUGAAGAAAAAGUACCGAAUACAAAACUCAGUAGACAAGCCAAGGUUUAUUAUUUAAACUGUAGAAAAGACGCCGAAGGAUCAAAUACUUUUGUGAACCUACUUCUAAAGAACACAGAAUCUGAAAAUUUUACAGACAAUUAUUUUGCCACAGAAACCUAUUCUGUUUGCAGAAUAGCAAUGUUCCUCUGUCGAAGUUAUACUCAGAGUUCAUGGAUUCCGCACUUAAUUUUAACAUGGUUUGUCUUCAUAUAUUUUUUUUCCAUGAUCUCCACUGACAAACUAUGUACAGAGAGCAUGGAGCAACUCGUUCCACUAUUCCUGUAACAUUCCACUUCUGACCAAUGGUACCUUGUUACCUAAUAAGUAAUACGAUCCCUUGCUCCCUCUGAUUGCAAUGGGAGCAAUAAAACCAAAUCUAAGACGCUAGACGUCUGCAUUGAAAAGAACUUCAAGGUGAGGACCUAACACUGUUCAUCUUUCUGAAACACGAGGCCAUAGGACUCUGAAAGGCAGUGUGUUGACUGGCUGAUUUAUAAAUCGAAAUUAAAAUACUAGCCAGGCAUUUCUGUCAGCUAUCAGUAAGCCAUUACUUAGCCAUGCAAAUGGCAAACUCCAUGUUCGUCCUUUUCCUUUCAGAGUAAGCUUUUAUUUAUUUAAUUAUUUAUUUUUGGUUACUUUUUAUUUUACGUUUAUUUCAAAACAGCCUUAACCAUUUCAGUUUAAUUUAAUCAUAUACCUCAUAUUUAUUUUGCGCUCCAGGGUAUUUGUGUAUUAUUUUUAUACGUUUUCUUUUGAAUUAUAAUUAGCACAUAGGGUAUCUCUAGAAGCAAUAGAGAGCAGACAAAGAGCACAACAUAAUACAAGGUGUGGGGAGCAUGGCAUCCUCACUAUCCUUUUCUGUAGACUGUGCAAUUCAAGUCCUAAGCCAUUGCCAGUGGGCAUGCUCAGAGAGAUAACAAGCUCUUCACAAGCAAAAUUCUCCUAUUUCUGAAGCAUGUUACCAUACGGAAUAAGUCAUCUAUACCUUGAACUACUCAACUAUUGUAAAGUUGCUCCUGUGUUCGCUUAUUGUUGGGCCUUCCCUGUUCUAUUGAGCAUGCUCAAAGCUAUCAGUCUCAUUGGUCAAUCCAUUGGCGCUUCCAUUAAUUUUGGGUUGCAGCAACCAAUUAUCAUGUCUAAUUGUCUAUGCAACAAAUUACAAAUUUUGGGGAGGGCGGGCAAUACCAUGUUCAUAUUGACAACAUUUCAAUGUUAUGUAUAAGAAUUUAUUUGAAUAUGUGCUAUUGAGAAACUGGAUUGAUAUGUUUUUUUAUCUAACCCCUGUGUGUAUGAUGUUUCCAAGUUAGUGGCAUGUUUGACUCCUUUAAAGACACAUUGCCAAAGGCUAGUAGCCAUAUAGCCUGUAAGAUUUGUCUUUUGUCCUACUGCAUGGCUUGCUACUAAAGUAAUUUGCACGGUUUCAUCUCAUUUUGAUAAUUGCAGCUUCUUGUUGGGCACAUUUUUAAAUCUUUGUUUCUCCCAUGUAGAUUUCACUUCUUUUUUUUAAAAAAACAAAACAAAACAACUAAAUCUGUGCACUCAAUGUUUUUGAUGAUGUGAACAAAAGCUAUGAUGAAUGGGUAAAAUAAUGUGAUAUUGAAUGUUGGAAUGCAGUCUCCUAUAGAAUUUUUUGUAAGAUUUGCCUAAAUAAUCUGUUAACUGUUUGGGUUCCACGAUGUUAUAACCCUCUGGCUUUCAAAUAGUUAAAAAUUAUUUUGCUGUGUGUAUUUCAUCUUUCCUACUUAAUAAUAACCACUGUAUUAUUAUGUAUAAACUUAAAGAUUUUGUGUUAUGUUACUAGGAAACGUUUCCUACAUUGCUCCAUUCUCCAUCAUUAGAAAAUAGUUUUUCUUUUCUCGAGACACUGUUUGCGUUAUAUAAAGCAAAUUUGGGUAAAACUUCUAAAUAUGCAGGAAUCAUCUUUACAACCAAUUCCUGUACAACCAAUAAAUAAUUUCUAUUGACUGUCUUACUUUUAGUACUUUUACGCAGAGCUGCUUUAUUUAUAAUUAACAGUGUCUAAUAUAGAGUAUAUGUCUUAGUCUCAUAAUGUGCAAUUUUGUCAGGCGUAUUUGCACACCUAUGUUUCUUAAUGUUA